AUGAAGGCUAACAAUCUUCGCCCGGGUACUUGGUACGAGAUACGCGUGGUCGCCCGUUCUGCUGCCGGGGACACUGCGGCACUAUAUCGCGCUGCAACGCACACUGCCGAUGGAGCUCGCGGGCGGACGGGGGGUGCGGCGGGGGCGGGGGCGGGGGCCGGCGCGUCGGCGGCGUGGUCCGCGUCGCUGGCGCCGCUCAUGCUCGCAGCAGGACUCGCCGCACUUCUCGCUGCAGUUGCGGGGAGCCUCACUAAAGACGUACAUAUAGCCCGUUAUAUCCGAGGCCCGUGUGCCGCAGGCGUGGCGGCGGCGCGGCGGCGCGCGGCGGCGUGUGCGCGGGCGCGCUCCCCGCCGCCGCCGCGCGCGCUGCCGCAGCUCUACACCACCGAACCGGGCAAGAGGAACGGCAAGGCGCUCACACCGCCCGAAGGUGACCUGCACGAGAUAAGCCCGUACGCUACGUUCAGUAUGGCGGGCGGGUGCACGGGCGCGGGCGCGGGGGCGAGUGCGGGGGCGGGGGCGGGGGCGGGCGCGGGGGGGUGCGCGCUGCACCUGCGUACGUUCGGGCGCGCCGAGUCGCUGGACCUCGCCGCGCCGCCGCCCAGGCCCAACCUGCUCGCGCACGGGAACGAUUAUGGCCGAGCGCGCGACAGUGACUCCGAGUCGAGCGGGUCGCCGUGCGCCGCGUGCGCCGCCGAACUGUACCGGAUGCCCGCCUCCAGACUGUCAGCGGUAGAGUCUAGUGCAGAGGAUACAUCAUAUAGCGCGAGCGGGCGGAUAGCGUGCGCCUCGCGAGUGGGCAGGGGGGGUACGGGCGACCGAAGCGAGCGGAGCGAACGCGGCGAGCGCGAGCGUGCCGAGCGAGGACGACAACAGCGCGGCAGGCGCAGGCGGGACCACUCGCGACACUCCUCCGCGCCCACAGUACUUCGCCACGGGUGCGCCGCUGCAGCCGCGCCAGGAAGUGCUGUGAGCAAACCGAGCGAUCCGAGCGGUCCGAGCGGUCCGAGCGCUGUGAGCGCUGUGAACGCCGCCCGCGACUGA